AUUGUCUAUUCUCAAGUGAAAUGUCAUGUUUUCGGUCGUGUUUAGGUUGGAGACAGAUGCUACAAUGAUAAAAUGUAUGAAGCAGCCAAGAUUUUAUACAACAAUAUUUCCAACUAUGGUCGCCUCGCUUCAACCUUAGUUCAUCUUGGCGAGUUCCAAGCCGCUGUGGAUGGCGCCAGGAAAGCAAACAGCACUCGAACUUGGAAAGAGGUAGGUUGGACAUUAAUAAGAGAUUGCUCUUGCUGGACAGGGAGAACAGUUUAGAACUGAUAGAGCUAUCCAGUAUAAAUAAAGUUAGUUUAGUUUAGGUUUCCUCCUGUAGUAACACUGGAUCAAUAAGAGAUGAUACUUACUGGACCUCUAGGAAGAACAGUUUAGAACUGAUAGAGCUAUCCAGUGUAAAUAAAAUUUGUUUAGUUUAGGUUUCCUCCUGUUGUAACACUGGAUCAAUAAGAGAUGAUACUUAUUGGACCUCUAGGAAGAACAGUUUAGAACUGAUAGAGCUAUCCAGUGUAAAUAAAGUUAGUUUAGUUUAGGUUUCCUCCUGUAGUAACACUGGAUCAAUAAGAGAUGACUCUUACUGGAUCUCUUGGAAGAACAGUUUAGAACUGACAGAGCUAUCCAGUAUAAUAAACGUUUAGUUGAGUAGUUUAAUUUCUACUGUUAAUUGCUGAAGUAAACAGUCUUUAACUUCUUGAGGGGGUAUUAGCCUUGCUUCUAAUUGGCUGUUUUUCUUCAAUUCUUGAUUGCGAUUGAUUGUUUCUCUUUCAGGUUUGUUUUGCCUGCGUGGACAGUGAAGAAUUCCGUCUCGCUCAGAUGUGUGGUCUCCAUAUCGUCGUCCACGCAGACGAGCUGGAAGAACUGAUCAACUAUUACCAGAACCGCGGCCAUUUUGAAGAACUGAUUCAACUGCUGGAAGCCGCGCUAGGCCUGGAGCGAGCUCACAUGGGCAUGUUCACAGAACUGGCUAUCUUAUACUCCAAAUACAAACCUGCGAAAAUGAGAGAGCAUCUGGAACUGUUUUGGUCCAGAGUUAAUAUCCCCAAGGUGCGCUUAUCUUUCUUGUAUUGUAGUUUUCUCGUCUAUUGUGUCUAUCUGUGGAAGGGUCUCGUCUUGUGUCUAUCUUGUAUAGUAUAUUUAACCACUGAACUACUACGCACUCUCCCCUCCCUAGGUACUCCGUGCAGCCCCAAAUCCUGAUAUUGUAUCUAUCAUAUAUUUAACCACUGAACUACGCACUCUCCCCUCCCUAGGUACUCCGUGCAGCCCCAAAUCCUGGUAUUGUAUCUAUCAUAUAUUUAACCACUGAACUACGCACUCUCCCCUCCCUAGGUACUCCGUGCAGCCCCAAAUCCUGAUAUUGUAUCUAUCAUAUAUUUAACCACUGAACUACGCACUCUCCCCUCCCUAGGUACUCCGUGCAGCAGAGCAAGCUCAUCUCUGGGCAGAGUUAGUUUUCCUGUACGAGAAAUAUGAAGAAUACGACAACGCCAUACUCACCAUGGUCGCUCAUCCAACUGUGGCUUGGAAAGAAGCUCAAUUUAAAGAUAUCAUCACAAAAGUCGCGAAUAUCGAGCUGUACUACAAAGCACUCCAGUUCUAUCUCGACUAUAAACCCAUUCUCCUGAACGAUCUUCUGAUCGUCCUCACCCCCCGUAUGGAUCAUACGAGAGCUGUGACGUACUUCCGCAAAAUCAACCAUCUAUCGUUGGUGAAGCCUUACCUGCGGUCUGUUCAAAAUCAUAACAACAAGGUCGUGAACGAGGCAUUGAAUGAUCUUUUGAUCGACGAAGAGGAUUAUAAUGGCCUCCGUGCUUCUAUUGAUGCAUUUGAUAAUUUCGAUAACAUCGCCUUAGCUCAGAGACUUGAUAAACAUGAGUUGGUCGAGUUUCGUAGAAUUAGUGCGUAUUUAUACAAAGGAAAUAAUAGAUGGCAGCAAUCUGUUGAGUUGUGUAAGAGAGAUAAAUUAUACAAGGUAUGCAUUGAAUUUGCAGGAAGGUAAUGUGUGUUAAUACUGGCUACGUUUACACUUCUCCCAGAGAGCUUUCCGUAGCGACGUGAAAAAAAAAACAACUGUCCGUACCUUCAGGAACGCUAUUUUCGGAGGAAUUCUUGCAACGGACUGGAGAGAUGUUGUUUCGCUCAGUUCUGAAAGUUGUACAUUCCGUAUCGGGUAGGUGCUUUUUCGCGCCGCUACGGAAAACUAUCUGGUAUAGUGGAAACGUAGCCACGGGGAGCGAUAAUCCGCGUACUUAUGUACCCGAGGUACGCCAAUAUUACGGUUUGGUACUUCUUUGUUUUCAGCGACGUACCACGUAGGUACGCAGAUGGCAAUAGUUCCGCGUAGGGGCGUACUUACAUUUUGCUGGUACCAUAUGACCUUCCCAAACUCAAUGUACUCAAAACCGUAAUGGGCCUAUUACCUAAUGAACAAAAUUUUGAUCUAGACAAGUCUAGACAAAAAUUUCAACACAGCUUGAAAGAGCAUCACAAAAUUAGUAAUAUACCGCGUGUGCGCGACAAUAAUCAUUAGAGUACCAGCCAGCUACGAUUGAAAAUCUUGAAUGGUCGCACCUUGGUUAAUAGAAUCAGUUCACACGUGUUUAUGACGUUAUAUUUCACUUUCCAGGAUGCAAUGAUCUACUCAUCGGAAUCUAGGAAUGCUGAAAUUGCGGAAGAUCUUCUAAACUGGUUCUUAGAAAAUAAGAAUUACGAAUGUUUCGCCUCGGCGCUGUUCACGUGUUAUGAUUUACUGCAUCCUGAUGUCGUGUUAGAGCUGGCAUGGAAAAAUAAUAUCCUUGAUUUUGCCAUGCCUUACGUCAUUCAAGUUUUAAAAGAAUACAUAACAAAGGUAAGUUUGUUUGAAAACAUGGUCAACAUUUAUUUAUAUGUGUGGCAUUUGUUGUUUUGAAGCGCAAUAGGUGUUGAUAGCGCAUGUGUCUUUCGCCUCUUUGACCGAGGUUUGAUUCCUGUGAUAUGCAGUUGUCUCAUCAUAAUUUCACCUCAGUCACAUGUGAGAAGAGUGCUUCCAGUUUGAUUCUACCAAAGAUCACCAGGUUUUCACCAGGUACUCUUGUUUCCUCCUGUAGUUACACCAGACUAGUAAGGGGUGGUGGCUCUUACUGGACGUCUGGGGACUGAUAGUAUAAAUCCAGUAUAACAAAGUUAGUUUAAGUUUCAAUUAUUUAUUGGAUCAAUAAGAGAUGAUCCUUACUGGACCUCUAGCGAGAACAGUUUAGAACUGAUAGAGAGCCAUCCAGUAUAAAUAAAGUUAGUUUAGUUUAGGUUUUCUCCUGCAGUAACACUGGAUCAAUAAGAGAUGAUCCUUACGGGACCUCUAGGGAGAACAGUUUAGAACUGUUAGAGCUAUCCAGUAUAAAUAAAGUUAGUUUAGUUUAGGUUUCCUCCUGUAGUAACACUGGAUCAAUAAGAGAUAACCCUUGCUGGACCUCUAGGGAGAACAGUUUAGAACCGAUAGAGCUAUCCAGUAUAGAUAAAGUUAGUUUAGUUCAGGUUUCCUCCUGUAGUAAUACUGGAUCAAUAAGACAUGACCAUUACUGGACCUCCAGGGGAAGACCAGUUUAGUUUAGUUUAACAGUUUAGUUUAGUUUAGGUUUCUUCCUGGGGGAGCCAGUAACAUAACAUAAACAUACUUUUGUUCUCUCGCCAGGUGGAUAGCCUCGCGACAUCAGAGAAAGAACGCAAAGAUCAAGAAGAAACAAAGCAAGAUCAACCUUUAGUAUUUGGUAAGUAUCAGCCCUUUGACUCGACUACAGUAUCGCUUACAGAAACGCGCUAAUUUGGUUGUGAUUGCACUAUCCAGUAUUAUAGUUAGUUCAGUAGUCUCUAAUCUCCGACUACUUUCUUUAUUAGGAAAUGAUCAACUCAUGUUAACCGCUGGUCCUAACAUUGCGCCACCGCCGGCUGCAGCGAUGGUACCUCCUGGUAUGGCACCCGGAAUGGUUCCCCCGGGCGGGCAGAUGAUGUACGGCGCCGGGUACCCCCCAGCACAACCUGGUUAUCCCCAGCAAUACUAGGAGAACUAUUUUAAUAUGUAGUAGAAAUAUGCAAAUUUUAAAACCAAACUUUUCUGCAAACCCUUUCCCUGCGUUCACACUGACGAAAAGAUUCAGCAUUGAUUAAAGACGAUGAAUUAUGAGUAUAUAGACGAGAGAUUGUGCCAUAUAGGAAAUUUAAUUUUUGUUACUCGGUAAUUAAUUAUAGCAUGCGAUUGAAUAAAAUAUAACAGAAUCAAUUUUGUUUCAUAACUUGUGGAU